AUGGCGGAAAAGUGGGUUUGUUCUAUUGUUCCACUUCUCUUUACAGCUCAUCUUGUGCUUCCAGGAGUUUUAGGAGAAGAAUGUGCUCCAGUUAACCACAAUAUUAAGGUCCUAAAAGAGUAAGUUUGUCGUCGAUAGAUUUUUGUCUGAUGUUUUGAUUUGUGUACAGGAGGGGUCGAGUGGCACAUCGAUCGGUAGUUUCGAAAACGAAGCACUCGAAAACGAAGACUUAAGCAGGAAGCACCCAAAUCUCGAAAACGAAGCACCAAGAACUGGAAAACGAAGCACCCAAAUCCCGAAAACGAAGCACCCAAACUCGAAAACGAAGCACCCACCCAAAACGCGGAACCUGUCUGCCCUUAAAAACCAAAAUGAAAAUGACGGAAGAGGAAGCGCUUUUUUGGCCCCAGGCUAUUACCCGAGGACAAUUUCUGUCUGGAUCUGAUCUGUAUCACGCAGUGUCAUAGAUCCCUAAUAUGUCGUCAUAAACAUGUAUGUGUACCCAAAAAAUGCUUAUUAGAUAAGAUGUGUCAAGUAUCACGAGACUAAUGAUGCAGGACUUGCUAUCUAGAAACGUUCAGUUAAACAGCAGCCUGGUCAAACAGUUCGCAGGCUCAAAAUAAAACCUUAGGAUGGAUUUGUGGACCUUUGGAGGUGCGGAUGCAUCCAUUGUCUCCUUAAAGUUGUAGUUUGUCAACGUAGAGUGGUUUUGGGUGCUUCGUUUUCGAGUUUUGGGUGCUUCGUUUUCGAGUUUUGGGUGCUUCGUUUUCGAGAUUUGGGUGCUUCGUUUUCUAGUUUUGGGUGCUUCGUUUUCGAGAUUUGGGUGCUUCAUGCUUCGGUCUUUGUUUGCGAGUGCUUCAUUUUCGAAACUACCCAGGUCGAACUGUAUGAAGAAAUACAACGAUCAAGACCCUUGUUAUCUAAUUUUGAGUCCAAGACUAAUCCAAGGCUAGGAUACAACAUGAAAAAAAAAAGGAACAAACAUAACAACAUAUAUGUGAUGUGUUGGGUUACAAGGUCUUAAAACAGAUCGCACACAUAUUAUUUUGAGGUGCUGUGUUACAACGGUCAGAGGUUUGUAUGAGACUGAAACAGAUGUAAUUCAAAAAAAGAAAGAAAGAAGGUUAAUUUAUAAAGAAAGUUACCUUACCUUGUUUCAAUGUUGCAUUCCUUGUCUUUCAUCUGCAUUUUAGCCCAAUUUCAGAAGAUGUAGCUCAACAAUUUCGUGGGGAAAACACGGGAGAUGGCAAUUUGUCAAGAUGGGCAGAAAUCAGGCUUAAAAGCAGAUGAACACCUGGCCCCGGUUGUUUAAAAAAUGAAUAGCGCCAUCCACCAGAUAAAUCAGUAUCCAGCGGAUAAGUAGUAUGAAGACCAAAUGCGUUAUUCAUCGGAUAGUGAUUUAUCCAGUAGAUAGUGCUAUCCACCUUUUGAACAACUGGAGGCUGUAGUGAAUGACAUUUCUUGCCCUGAGACAUUCAUUAUAAACAAAGCAACUGGUUUUCCAAUUCGUGUUUACAUGACAUGUUUACUUUUAUUAUUAUUAUUUUUUUUGCAUCCUUUUCUAUUUCGUCGCUGACUGUUUUAGCAUCCUGUAUAGUCACAUGACUUCUAGGAUUAAUAAAAAUGUAUGUAUAUAUGUAUGACUGUGUAAUUAGACUGCUAGCAGUCCCUCAGCUGGAUUGUCCCACAUGAACGCAUGUUACUUGUAAGUCAGGAAAAGAUGAAAUGAAAAGGAAGGGCUGCAUUCCCUUAUACUGCUACUACUAUAUGCCAGCCAAACUACCUUGCAAGCAAGUGUAACAGUAAGUUGACAUGUCAAUAAGUAGAAUUGUUCGAGCUUGAAAAACAGUGUGUUGACCAUGCCUCCUUGUUUAUGGAUAAAUCACAUUUUCCAUUGUCGGGGCUGCAGUGAAUUUGAACACGUUGAUUACAAAAGAGAUUGUAGUCAUCUCUUUUCUUUUCAUCUUCUCCUUCACAUGUUUGGUUAUAAUGGAUUCGUGCAUGAUAUUUUUGCAUUUUUUUGUCAUUAACAUCUAGGCGUGAGUACUGGGAGUUUGAAAUACAAGAUCCGGGAGUGCCAAGAUGCGAUCAAUUCGAAGUAGAAGGCAAAAACACCUCAUGUGUAUUCUACUUUUCAAUAUGUAAAGAAGUUCCGGGAUACUGCCCUGCAGGUUCUGGGAUUUGUCUGGCAAACAAAGUCUUUCUUGCAGACAAACUGAACAAAACUUUGUAUACACGAUUUAUCGACAUUGGAACUGCCAGUAAAGAUUUCAAUUCAGGUAGGGCUCUAGUCUUAUUUAGUCAACAUUCGCAGUAGGUCGAGAUGCAGUUGAACUUCCUGUAAGCUUAUAAUAUUAUUAGGGUCAGCUUAAGGGGUGGGGUAACAGUAAAAAAAGUUAGUUUGUCACUGGAGUUCAAAAUACAUGCUUCAGUCCAGAUAAAGAACGGCGGCCCAGGAAUAUUGCCAAAAUCGCAGGAAAAGCUAGAGAUUCAUAUAUGUGUACAUACAGUCAACUUUCGCCUUGCAGACACCCCGUUAUUAUGCAAACCCUGAUAAAACGGACAGUAGCUAAAUCCCUGGCAAAAACAAAUUACAGACAUUUGACUGAAAGAAACUCCGACUAUUAUGAACUCUCGCUAAAGAGGACACUAACUCGCAGUCCCUACAAUGUCCUCUAUAAAGGGAGUUGAUUGUAUAAUGAAUCGUUCCAUUGUGUGUAUCUGAAAAAGGGAAAUUGUUGCCAGCAUUAACCUCCACAGGUGAGGUGACCAGUCGCAGCAAUUUUAUGACCAUUAUAUAGAUUAUGGCAUAUAUAGAAAACCCUCUGAUCAUUUGAAGGCUGUACAAUCAGUGACGUGUAGUAGUGUUGCACAAUAUUUUUAGAAUAGAUUGAUAUUUUUCAAAAUCUGUUCAUGAAGACAAAUUUUUAACCAUGGUGGUUAAUGCAUGUAUUGCAUUUGUUUCUUUUCAAAUGUUGAUAACAUUAGUUUGUGGUAAGGACUUGAGGUUAGAAAAUAAGCUUCGAAUGAGGUUAAAAUGCAAAAGAACAUUUAUAAAUAAUAAAUUAUAAAUGGAUUAUCUUUUAGGAUUUAACCAUUAAAUUACUCUUGCUUGCAUAAUUUAAUUAUCAUUACCUUCAGGAAAUGGUCUCCAUUCCCUUAUUCAUUUUUCAUUUCUUCUUUUCUUCUUUUUUUCACUGCUGUCAAGGACCAAACGAUUUCACUCUGACAUUCUUUCACUCCAAGUCUACUAUAACUCUAUUCACGUUCAAGUGUGACGAGUUUGCAAAGUGGGAAGAUCAUUUAGAUGAUGGUAAAGUUAAUCAAUACCUAGUCAGUGCAACUUAUCCCCUUGAGGAAUAUGAGGUAUUAAGAACCGGGCAUAUUAUUAUUAAACAGUGCUUAAUACAUGUAGUCUUUAGAAUUUAUAACGUCAUCUAUGUGAUCGAAAUAUAGGUGGAUUGAAAAGGAACUGUGUUCUGUCUUCAUUUGUGAUUAGUUUACUAGUUCGAGCACUCUGGCAUGGCUUAAAUGAUACCACAAUAAUAAUUGUGGGAUCAUUUGGGGUGGCUUUAUAGCUAAACCUCCACCAUAGCAUCAGUGGUGCUGCAAAAGUAAUGUUUACAUACAAAUGUGCCUUUUACAGUUAAAGGUGCAUAUUUUAAAAAAUGCAAAAGCAAAAAAGGAAGGCUGACACAAUGUGGUACAUGUGGGUAAGGUGCAUGUCAUUGGAAUAUCUAAGAAAAUCCAGGGAUGUUUGCGAUUUGAUUGACCUUUCUCAAGAAGUGAUUGGAUCUUGUGUGAUUAUUCACAUUUUCCAUCAAAGCAACUUCAAAAUACCUGACCACCUUGAAUCAAACUUAAUCAACUGCUCCAUUUGUCCCAAAGUGCUAAAAAGUGUGUUUCAGUUCACAGUCCUGUUGUACUUUGAGUCAUCGAGUAAAACGACUGAAGUACCCGAGUCUUGUGGUUUCAAAUUUUGAAUUAGUUUAAGUUGCUUGAGAAGAAUCAUACAUAAAUUAUUAUUUGAAAUCGCUUAAUUUGAAGUCUUAAAAGAACAUAGAAUGAUCCUUUAUUCUUGCAUUUGUUAUGCAGUAAUUUUGAGAAUUGUGGGUCUCCAGGAGCAACAUUUAAAGAUGCAUUAAAAGUGGCUGAGUAAUCUGAACUUUAACCUUUCCAUCCUCCUUAGCUGCAAACGCGAACACCGGCUGGCCACGAUGCAAUUCAGACUGUUUCUUUUUCAUCUUGUUUUGUUUUAAUUUUUCUCAGGCUCACAUGUGUGCUCCUCUAUUAGUUUCAUUUCUCCUUUAUCCCUCUCACUCUUAACCUGUGUACAGACAAGAGGGGGGCGUCUGUACACAGCCUAUCCCACUCUCUAAAAGACAAAGGAAUGAAAACUAAAAAACACGUAAGAACAGGGGUCAGAGAAGCUGUUCUUAUGGAUACAGUGUAAGCCAAACUCUCAGGAUUUGAUGUUCACUCUCUCUCUCUUCUCACAUUCAGUACAGUUUUGUGUUCAACUAUUCUGGUGCGUGCAAACAGGGCGGUGGUGGAGGUGGUGGUGGUGGAGGAGGAGGUGACGAGGGACCUAAGGAUGUUCUGA